AUGUCCUUCCGCAGUCCCCACGUUGUCCUCCUGUCGAACUACCCAAUCCGCACCCCUCCUGUCGACCUACCCCCAUCCGCACCCCCCCUGCCGACCUACCCAAUCCGCAGCCUCCUGUCGAACUACCCAAUCCGCAGCCUCCUGUCGAACUACCCAAUCCGCAGCCUCCUGUCGACCUACCCAAUCCGCAGCCUCCUGUCGACCUACCCAAUCCGCAGCCUCCUGUCGAACUACCCAAUCCGCAGCCUCCUGUCGAACUACCCAAUCCGCAGCCUCCUGUCGAACUACCCAAUCCGCAGCCUCCUGUCGACCUACCCAAUCCGCAGCCUCCUGUCGAACUACCCAAUCCGCAGCCUCCUGUCGAACUACCCAAUCCGCAGCCUCCUGUCGAACUACCCAAUCCGCAGCCUCCUGUCGAACUACCCAAUCCGCAGCCUCCUGUCGAACUACCCAAUCCGCAGCCUCCUGUCGAACUACCCAAUCCGCAGCCUCCUGUCGAACUACCCAAUCCGCAGCCUCCUGUCGACCUACCCAAUCCGCACCCCUCCUGUCGACCUACCCCCAUCCGCACCCUCCUGCCGACCAUCCCGCUCAUCCGCACCGACCCUUCGCCAUCAGAAGGAACCAUCGGCCCGGUCCCAAUAUGGCCGCCGCUGCCAUGAUUGCGCGCCAGAUACGGACAACGUGGCGGCGCGAAGUUCUGUGCCACCCGCGGGAUACCACACCUGA